UACGUAUAGUCAAGUGUGAGAAAGCAAGUUUCGAAGAAAGCGAGAUUCGUCUCAGUGUUUAAGCUCUCAUCAUUAUUCUCAUCGGCCGCUCUGGUCAAACACAAACGUCGACGAAGUAGGGAGAACGACAACGGGUGCAAGCGUUGGAUUUUUGAGGGUCAGAAGAAAAAAAAAGACGGCUUAAAGAAGCUGAGCCGUACGGGCUCUGCUGUCGGCCUCAUGUUGCCUCGCCUCGUGCCGUUUUGAUGAUUUCUCCAAAAAAAAACCCGGCAGCAUGGACGAUUCGUACAAGAGCGAGUUUGAGUUUUUAGAUUUAGAAGGUUUGAAUGCCCAGAGCAGAGAUGAGAUAACAGCAAUCUUGAAACCAACUGUUAAUAACGAUGGGUUAAAUCUGCCAUGGGAUAGGGGAGUAAUUGAAUACCAUGUAGUCCCUGAGGAACACAUUGAAACUCAAGAAAUGCCAAAAAUCUGGCAACAAUAUGAAAUGGAAGGGAACAUGAUAAAAUAUGAAGCACAUCAAACAAAUGCAACAUCUUCUGUCUUUGUCACUGUACCGUCACCAAUCCAAUACAGUCAACAAAUGAUGGCACCUAUGUAUUCUGAAUGGGCACCCAACAUGUAUAUCAAUAGUAUCCCUGGAGACCCAAAUGUCCAUCAAUAUAUGUCGGGUGUAGCUUAUCCCACUACCAUGUAUCCUACAAACAAUGAAACUCAAGAAAUGCAGCCAAUGAGAGAAGGUGGAAGACGCGGUCGUGGACGUACUAACAAAAGUUACAAUCGCAACAUCAACCAUGUAAGUGAAAUGCAAACAGGUUACAUGGCAGAUCCGGGACAAUAUCCUAUGAGUAUACCUUACCAAUACUUGUGUAUUUCGGACCCUGUAACAACUCAGCAACAUCCAGCUGCUGGACAACCAAUAUAUUUUCCUUCACCUCAAAUAUAUACACCUCAAAUGGCACAACAAACUCAUCGUGUUGAUUACAUUCAAUAUCAACAAUCUCCAACAACAACAAAUCCAAAGUAUAAUCGCCCGUCACAAAACUUAUUACCUCAAACUAAUGGAGAAACCACAAAAAGCACAAACUAUAAACCAUAUGAUAAGCAAGGGCAAAAUGUAAAUAUAACAAAGCCUUCCAUUCAUCAAGCGCUUGAAGAUGAUAAUAAUUCACCCCAAACAAAUAUAGUCACAACAGUUAUUGUAAAUAAUAGUAACAUAGAAUCAUCGAAUAAUGAUGUUGACGAAAAUUUAACUGCCACUAAUAACUCAAAUAACAAAUUUGGUUUUAAAAUUGAACAACAUAUUGUUUCCACAAUCAAUGACAAUUACAAAGGAGUUGAAAAGAAUGAUAUUCCUAUAAAGAGUAGUGUUAAUAUUAAGAGUAGUAUAGAAGUUAAGCAAAAUGGAAAUGAGAAUACAGAGAGUGAUGAUAGCAGUUCUCAUAUAAAAAUACCAAUUGCAAGUACAACUUCCAAAUCUGUUGCAAUUAUUACUGAAGAUGAGUCAUUGCAAAUUAAGGAAGUUAAAGAAAUACCAACACUAGAGUACACAACAGAUAUAAGUGAAGUGCCUGUUAACUCUUCGUUGGUUGCCAUAGCAGGAAGUAAAUCUUGGGCUAGCCUUUUAAAGCAAAAUACUGACUCCUAUCCUCCAGGUCCUAACAAGCCUACAGCAUUUAUUGCCCCUAACAAUGCUAUCAGUCUCAACAAUAAUCAGACUAAACUAUUAUUAAGUGAAAAAGCUCAUUCAACCCUCAAAAGUCAUGAUAAUAAAAAUGCUGAUGGACAACAAAGAGACAAUUCAGCUGAACAAAAUAGGUCAACUCACAAUGAAGUACCUCAGAAACAUAUUGAUGACCCUACUUCUUACAGGAUGGGUGAAUAUUUACUAAGUUAUCAAACGGAAAAACAUACAGUAAGUUUACAACCGCGAGGACUAACAAACCGCAGUAAUUAUUGCUACAUUAACAGUAUCUUGCAAGCUCUACUUGCUUGUCCACCAUUUUAUAAUUUAUUCAUGUCAAUGCCAUAUUCAAAAAAUCCAUCACGUCAUUCACCUAGCCCUCUUCUAGACAAUAUGAUUAAAUUUGUACGCGAAUUCGCUCCACUUUCUGAAGGAGCUCGUUUACCUAGAAAAGACAGAGCUCAAAAGCGCAACGAAGACACGAUUAUAGAUAUACAAAGCGGUGUCCCAUUUGAACCGUCAUACAUUUAUACUAUUCUAAAAAAUUCAUCUUCUCCGGGGGUAUUUUCUGUAGAAGGUCGUCAAGAGGACGCCGAGGAAUUUUUAUCGUGCCUGUUGAAUGGAUUGAGUGAUGAAAUGCUCGAGUUGAUGAAAUUGGCGAGUAGUAACGACCAGAAGGCGCCCGAUUUCGCAGAUGCUAAUGCCAAUUUUAGUCAAUCUGGAGGCGAAGAUGAGUGGAAGGUAAUGGGACCUAAAAACAAAGGAUCAAUUACCCGGAGUACAGACUGCGGUCGCACUCCUUUAUCAGACAUAUUCAGAGGCCAAUUAAGGUCAAGAGUUUCCAGAGCCGGAGAAGACUCUACUGAUUACGUCCAACCGUUUUUCACACUUCAACUCGACAUCGAGAAAGCAGAGUCCGUUAAGACUGCUUUAGAAAUACUAGUAGGAAAAGAUCCACUUGAAGGCAUGACUUGCAGUAAAACUAAGCAACAAAUUGAAGCUUGGAAACAAGUCACAUUGGAAAAACUACCAGUAAUUCUUAUUUUACACUUGAAAUGGUUUGAUUACAAACCUGAUGGCUGUACUAAAAUUCUUAAAAGUGUAGAAUUCCCUGUAGAUCUUAAAAUCGAUAACAAACUAAUGUCCAACAACAAGUCAAAGGCCAACCAAAAGCAAAGACAGUAUAAGCUAUUUGCUGUAACGUAUCAUGAUGGUAAGGAAGCAACCAAAGGUCAUUAUGUAACUGAUGCUUUUCAUGUUGGAUAUGGCGGCUGGGUCCGUUACGAUGAUAGCUCACUUAGAGGUGUCUCCGAGGCAAAUGUACUGAAUCCUCAACCACCGCGAGUACCAUAUUUACUCUAUUAUAGAAGAUGUGAUACUAUUGGAAAUAAUCAAUCAAAUAAUACUGUUAAAGCGCAAUAGUUUAACUAGCAACAGAGGAAGUCCUACUAAACAAAAUAGUUUAACGAUUUGUUUUUCAAUAAAAUGAAGAAAUCUUGCAUUUUUAUAUUUUCUAAAUUUAAUCUGAGAUUUGUAUUUAAGCUAUUAUGCGAAGGAUAAAAAAAAACAAAUUAAGCGUUAACAGAUCGAAAAUUAUAUAAUUGUAGAAAGACAAGAAAAAAGCGUUACACUUUUUAAAUGUAUCAUAUUCUUAUCGUUAUAUGUAUAGUGGAUGAAGUCGUUAUGAGUUUGAUGUAUCAAUCUUUGGUAUGUGAAAUAAAAUAGUAAGAGAUUAUAAACAGUUGAAAGUAAGCCAAAUUAAUUGUCAAUUCAGGAGAAAUUGAUUUAAUUACGUAUAUGUGAGUUGUUAAAUAUACAUAAAAAAAAUAUAAAUUCCAGUUAUUUUUUGGAUACUUUCUCCUUCAAUUAAUCAAUUAAAUAUCUUAUAACGAUUGUUUAUAAGCUCUUAAAUUACUAAUUGUA